CAACACUCAACGGAAAAAUUAAAUUUGAAUUUUGACAUCUAUUCAGCGCCCGGUUUGACGUUUCAGCGUUUCCUAGCAGUUUCAUAGAGCACGGUCUAAGCAGCAACCGGUCAACGGACGCAAGGUUUGUGCGGUAUCAGUUUUCUGUUUUGCUCUCCCGGCACGUUCUUGCAGUCAUAUUUGCAUACUUUCUUUUUCUAUUACCAUCCACCUAUUGUAUUAAAUCAGUGAAAUAAGAAAAUCAACGUGUAUUUACUAAUGAAAACAAUUUCGUAAGACAAAUCUAGUAUCAAAUGGAUGGCACGCAAAGAACUACCGUGUACGCGUGUGGUUGCUGACUCUCUCUCUCUCUCUCUUUCGUGAUUGUUGUUGAACUUCUUUCUCUCGAUGCUGACAGGCAAAACCUCCUUCUCUGUUUUGUGCUCAUUAUGUUACUCGCGCUCGAACCAAGCGGAUCCGCCAGCGGGUUUGUGGCUGUAUCGGAAACGCACCGUUUUUGCUUUCUUCAGCAGCGCGGGUGUGGAGGGAAACGCGAAGAAAACGAAGGGGUCGCUGAUCUAUUGUAUUCGUUGUGCAUGCAGGCAUUGUUGUCAUCACCACGCCGGAAAGGAAAACGAAUUGCAAUCAAAACCAACAAAAAACCGUCGAACGCGCAGUGUGUGAGAUCGCAUCGAGAGCAAAAAUUUUCACCUGAAUGUUUGUUCGGUAGUGUGUGCGUGUGUGUGUGUGGUUAAUUUUUUCUUCCUUCUUCGCAAGAGGUGUGACAACGAUAGAGGGUGGUGAAUGCGCGCAUGUGUAUACGUGUAUAGUAAGAAGAGAAAGGGCUUCAGCCAUCAUUUCUACAGGCGCCCGUUUGUUGUUUUUGGGGGUUGCAAAGAUUUACGUGUUUAAAAUGUGUAAAUGGGUAAAAAUCAAAUGCCGACGUAUUGCAAAACGUACAAAUCGUCACUUGCACGGGGUGAGUGUAUCGUGCGAAGGUGUCCGUGCUCAAGUGUUUGUGUAAAAGCGAUACAGGAAUGAAGCUUAAAAUGGUGUUGCGGUUAAAAGCAGCUUUUAAUGGGACAUACUAAAGGAUGCGGAAAAGAAAUUCCGUACAAAAAUCUCUAAAUAUCAACACCCCAAACAAGUGAAUACAAUUCCCACAGCAAUCCCCAAUCGCCCAUGUAUUGGUGAAAAUACGUUAAGGAUCCCCGGAAAAACGACCAUCCUUUCUGCUGCAGCUUUCGGUGCCCCCCUUCGACCGACUCAACAGAAGUGCUGCAUUGUGCAAAAGUGCACUCACCACACCACCUGUGCAGCACAACCCGCUUGAUGGUGGCAAAUCAAGAAAGUAGAACAAAAACCGGAAAAUAACGAGAGUGAGCAACAACAACAACAACAAAAAAUGCAUACCCAUGAUGCUGAUGCAGUGACGGUGUGCUGUGGUACAAUUGUAAACCACAGUAGGCGAGAUGUAGUUUCGAUUUGUCGCAACAACAGUGCGAUGAAAGGUGAAGAAAUAAAACCACACCAAGAAGCCACGCUGUGAGAUGAAAGUGGAAAGAGUAGAAAAUUUCGUUUGCAAGUGUGUGUGUGUGUGUUUGAUGACCGGUGUUAGUGAUAAUCAUAAUGUUGUUUGUGUGUAGAGUGCAAAAAAAGAAAAUGCAUAAUUUAAAAUGCAACUAAAAUAAAAAGGUGACAACCGUGGUGUUUUGCGAAAGGAAGCCAAAGUUUGACAGCUGGCGUCAAACACUGAUUUCCUGCCCUGGUUUGGAGUACGUGAAAGAUUCGUGUUCGACAGACAUUCUUUGGGCCACAUUCCGCGAAGUUGCUGCAGUGGUUUGGUGUGGAUUUUGUGCAUCAAGGUUUUUUUUUGUUGCAGCAGUCGCCUUCAAAUGGCGACCAUAGCCGGUCCGGCAUAGUCGUGGGCCCCUCGUAGGUUUGGCCCUUGGGCAAUAGAAGCAAUCUAGCAAUAAUAAUCGCAACAGACGUGUGGAGUGCAGAACAAAGAAUAGUACAGCCCACAGUACGACACACCCCGACACAGAGUUGAGUGGCAGUUGGGUAGUUUGGUGUGGAUGCUGGGCGGGAGGAAAUACAACGCAUAGACAGGAUUGCUUGCAGCACAUUCCAGCUCUGGGAAGGUAAGGCUCGGUAAAGCCGUGGACAUCAACUAUGUCCGGUGGUAAGGAUCGUCGAUCCAGGGCGAGCAAAACGCAAGGAUGGGAGGAAGCCGGUGGCGAGUUUUACCAGGAAAGCUAUCCUGCCGAUCUCGAGGGUAUGCAGCGGGAUCCAUCAAAGAUCGCGACCCUCUUACCGUCGAAGCAAACGCGCAAUGCCACUACGAGACGUGCCCGUCCAACACAAGGUCAGGAUACGAAAGGCGGUACCAGGCGGAGGGCCAGCUUCUCUACCGUUGCACGCCGCGGUUCACAGUAUCACGAAAUGCAGGUGGCCACCCUUCCCGAUCUGUCAGAGAACCUCAUCAACGAGGAGCGAACAUGGGAGGAGAUCCGAGAGAUCAAAUCGAUGCCAGUUCCGAUGGCACAGAAGCGAGAAAUGAAGGCCCAACUACAGAAUGCCACUAAGCUCCGGUUGCAGGGAUUCGAGCAGAUCAAAUGGCGGCGGCGGAAAGCAUGGCAAAGCUUUCGUUCCAAAUGGGGCGAAUAUCAAACGAAGCUAGAGCUUUGGCGAAUGUCGCUGAAAACGAUCGAAGGAAACUUUGGUACCGGUGUCGUUGCGUACUUUCUCUUCCUUCGAUGGCUUGUCUUCCUCAAUCUGUUGCUGUUUCUGCUCAUAUUCGCUUUCGUCGUACUGCCUCAUCUAGUGUUGCGCGAACCUAGCGAUCUACCGUGCGAUCUUGUGGCGGAACCAACGUCCGUUCAAUGUUGCUCUGAGAGCUAUGAGAACGUUACACGCACGGCACAGUUCUCCGUGCUGGAUCUCAUUCAAGGGACGGGUUUCAUGGAAGGUACGCUACUGUUUUACGGCAUGUACACGAACCAAAUCUACGGUUACAGUCCAAUGGAGGAUCGAGCGUACCAAAGGGCACGCUAUCUGCGUGUAUCGUCGGCAGCGGCCAAUGCUUCGCGAACCGGCAUGGAUGCUGGUUUAUUGGAGGAGAGAGCAGAAGCGCUUGACACGGAGAGGCAAACGAUUCUGUACUACGAUUUGCCGCUUGUGUACGUCAUUAUUAUAGCCAUCUACUACGUGAUAACGCUGGUCGCAAUCAUGCGUGCGGUUGUGCGUCAAUUUAAGGAUCGUAUCGCCGAGGGUGAAGGAUUGUUUUACCAGUACUGUAAUCUGGUAUUCGGCGGUUGGGAUUUUUGUAUCCACAACCAAAAGUCGGCCGACAUUAAGCAUAGGGCACUGCACAACGAGAUAAAAUCAUUGCUCUACCAAAAACGGUUUGAGCACGAGCGUAACAAUCGAUCGCGCGAGUUCAUGCUCAAACUAAUCGCCAUCCGUAUGCUGAUCAAUCUGAUUGUAUUUAUAAUUUUACUGCUCGCCGCAAUCACGAUCUACGUCUUGUUCAACGUAUCGCUGGCCGAGCUGGAGCCUAACUUUACGCCCUCACAUCCGGUUAGCUUUAGCGAGAGUAUCGGUAAUCGAACGCUGUACAUGAGCUGGCCAUCGUCUUGGUCGGUGUUCUCUUCGGCAUCACAACGCGGUGCCAUAACGUUCGCAAGUACCAUCACACCUUUACUGUCCUCGAUGAAUGAUGACGGUGGUAUGGGAGGAGCAUUCAAUUCCACCGAUCCAACGAUGGAUCGGCUCUCGCUGGAGGAAAAGUUGCGCGUACUGUUUUAUGAGUUCCUGCCAUAUCUGGCGAUAGUGUGUAUGAAUCUCGUCGUACCGCAGUUGUUUAACUAUCUGGUGCAGUACGAAAAAUACUCUCCAUUAUUCGUGAUUAAGAUCAGUCUCUUUCGGACGGUGUUUUUGCGACUUUCGUCCCUUGCAGUGCUGCUCAGUCGAUUCUACUUUCUAAUAACGCCCAUGAACGUGACGCAAAAGUUGUUGAUAAAUGCUUCCUCCGAGCAGGGUAUGGAACAUACAUCCACGAGUACACUGUCCCCAUCGACGACUACUAUUCCCACCACCAGUACCGUUACCACCUCCGCUUAUCAACUCUCCGAAAUGACGACGUCAUUCGUAGCUAAUUUAACUACGACUACGAUCUCAGUGCUCAGCACGUUGGUUAUGGAGCAGCAGCCCAUACCGGAGGCGCAAACGCAACAUCAACUACCAGCCCAGCAGCAAUGCUACGAUGAACAGAAUGGUGCUCCACAGUGCUGGGAAACGUUCGUCGGUCAGCAAUUUUACAAGCUGUUUAUUGUCGACUUUGCAACGCAUUUUCUCGUGACGUUCUUCGUAAACUUCCCCCGAGCACUGUUUGCCCGACAUUCAAGCUCACGGCUGGCAAAGUUUAUCGGCGAGCAAGAGUUCGAGCUGUCCAAGCAUGUACUAGACGUGAUCUAUUCGCAGACGCUUUGCUGGCUCGGUACAUUCUACACACCGUUUCUACCCGCUAUCGCCGCGCUGUUAUCGUUUUUAAUGUUCUACAUCAAAAAGUUCGCCUGUUUGGUGAACUCGAAUCCUUCGGCAAUACUGUAUCGAGCGUCCCGGUCGAAGUCGCUGUUCAUGUCAACGCUGCUCAUCUCGUUCACGCUCGCACUAGUGCCGGUGGUGUACGCACUAGCCGAAAUAGUGCCAUCGCGCUCGUGUGGUCCUUUCCGGGGCUUACCGUCCGUGUGGGAUCGGGCUAUAGCAGCGUUCAUGAAGAUGCCACUGUUCUUCCAGAAUGUGAUUUUCUUCUUCGGCACCGCUAGCUUCGCUAUACCGUGUUUCGUGGUGCUGACGUUCUUCAUCUACUACUACUACGCUGUCUCGACGGCAAAUCGGCACAUGGUGCAGGUGUUGAAACAGCAGCUCGUACUCGAAGGCCAUGACAAGCAAUUUCUUCUUAGCCGGCUCAGUCUAUUCAUCAAGCAGCAGCAGGAAUAUCAGAAGCGCAUGCUGCGUCAAGCCGCCGAACAGCAGCACCAAAUGCAGCAACAGUACCAGCAACACUCCAUUUCCGGUAACUCGGCCAACAAUGUGAUACCACCACCGCCACCGUCAUCUUACCAGCAGCCACCGAUCGUGCCACCACCACGAACCAACAGUCAAUCGCAAGCGUUGGAAGCGACGCCUGCGCUACCGCCUCGUGCGGAUCGAGACUCGAAACCGAGCAGUCGAGAUCGACCCAAAGAUCUUCCACCUCCUCCGAUACCGGGCGGUGGUUCCGUCUCUACCGGCAACAGUACGGGUGCGAAUUGAAGCAGGUGUGAGCAGCGCUUACCAUGAGAUUAAUACACUUUAAAACGUUUGUUCCUUUUUAUCUUCGUGUCCUGCAAUGGACUUCUCGAGACGUGUUUGUGACACACGACCCCCGAUCGUGAUAUUAUAUUCCAACUGUUAGAUUAUUUUAUGAUUUUACAAAAUCAGCGAAAUUAUUAUUAUUUAUUCUGGUAGCUAUAAGCUGUACCCCGUUUUAGAUACAAUUUUUGUUUAGGUAAAUUGAGAACUCCUAAUUGCUCUGCUACAGUUCAAUGUAGCAUUGGAUGGUAGAACAGUUCAUUAGAUGCCAUUAGUGCAAGUCACGGAUCAUUACACCUCCCUCACGAGAUAUUAGUAAUCUUUUUUUUUAUUAUCCAAGACUCCUCUCUGAGACAUGCUGUAGGUGCGGAAAGUUUCCAAUUAAAUGAAAUCAGGUGUUACGAUUAGCCGAGUAAUUCAUCCAAUGUAAAACACAUAUAACAUCAACUUCACCUCACUUUGAAAGUGUACUGUGAAGCGUCACUCAUAAUAGUCAGAUAUUUUCUUAUUUGUCGUACAUUUGUACAUAAAUCUAGGUUAUUGUAAGUAGCUAUGUGAAUGCUAUUGUGCUAUUGUGAAUAGUUUUAAGGGAUCAACUGUUCAUAAUUGCUUUUUUUUUGAAAACAACUAUCACCAACACGUGCGAAUGAAUGUGAUGAUCAUGAUACGAAAACUAUCGUAUCAUGCUUGUAAUUUGAUAGUUUGCAAUAUGUUAGAUGGAGGUAAAGAAAUCUUUUGUUUUGCGCAUAGGCUUAUUUAAAUGAAUAUAAAUUUAUUGAUCAUUAUUCAUCAAAAUGUAGUAACACAUAAUAUUGAACAUUAAAAAAUACGAAUUAAUAUGAGCAGCAAGUGUUGCACGUAGUUAAAAUGUGCGUAACGGACCGUUGAUUACGAAACUCUAAUUACCAUUUAUUUGUGGUACCUCAAUUCGGAUAAACGAAAAUAGACUUGUAAUUUUUAUUAUUCAAUUCCGAGGACCAAACUACAGACGUCUGCGCACACUGCUUUCGUUCUCUUUUGCGUCAUGUGGUGAAUCAACAAAUAACAAUGAGAGUCAUUUCUUUUUAAAACGAACAAGUAGCAAUAUUACAAUACAUGCAAAACAGAAAUUUUCUUAAAAAACCAAAAAAUCACACAAAACAUAAUACAAUUUAAGUGAAGAAAAGAAAAAAAAACGUACAGAAAGUAUCAACUUUCUAGGACAGAAAAGAUCCAAAAACAAACAGGUCGAUAGGAAAGCACAUCUUCUCGUGUGAGUAAAUGCAUAAAUGCCGAUAAUGAGACUGCCUAUUUUAAAAACAAAACUUUAGUUAGCCCAAACGACGACGCGCACAACCAAUCAAAGAUGCUGCAAUAAAUGCACUGGUGCUUUUUCACCCUCAAUUGGUAUGCAUCGUGGUAUCAAUGGUUACAUGGAACCGAAUAAACAUUGCAACUUACUGCAAGGCUCAAUGUACAGUCAGCUUUUUGAAUGAUUUACUACUAUCAUAUGUAAUACAAUAUAACUAGUAGAAAAUGCAUCGGCAAAUGCAUACCAUAUUUGUAUCGAAAUAACAGCUUUCAUCUCUCCAUUGUACGCCAUUUGCCGUCGCAAUUAAACCAACCUUUUAGUUGUGUACAUUCGCAUCAUACCCAUCCAGGGGAAGGCGUCUUAUCGAAGACUACCGAUAUUAAUAAUCGUCAUGUAUAAAUCGACAUUUUUCAUAACUACAAUUAGUAUAAUAUACGUAACAAAGGCUUUUUUGUCGAUGGAUUAAACUAAGAUCUCAUUAAAAACAUAAAAGUCAGUUGAUUCUGUUGCAUCGGGUGAAUCGUACAUCUGGCAAAUCGGUAAAACAAGUUAAGCUUAAAAAAUACUGUACCAGAUCCGGAGCUUUAGGUAAAAGAAAUAAAAUAUUCAUUAAAAUGACAACUUGGAAA